UACUAAAGUGCACAGUGCCAGAGCAGCAACUGCUUGGUCCUUACUGCUAAAGAGUUCUGGGAUCAUCAGCUCUGACGGUUCAGCAGGUGACAUCUAAGAGCCAUUACUUGAAAAAGACAUUUUCCUUCCUCGGUUUAACAUGAUUUAAAAAAAGAUACUCUUUUUAUGGGCUAUCCACGUGCCCUCAGAUUACGCAUGUCGAUUCCAAUCAACUUUAAGAUGCAACUGUUUUUUCGCUCUCCUUUUCUCUGCCUAAUCCUGUUACCUUCACGGAUAUAAAUAAUAAUGCUUGCCACCAUGAUUAUGCUGUGAUGGUUAUUUGCAAAAGUAAGACAUCAAGAAGAGGAUCUCAAGAAAAAACCCUCAAUCAACCACAAAGAUUGCUUGCCAAGAACAUUACAAAAUGGAAUACAAAGGAGGUGUAACUGAGCCCUCGCUGUUUGGUGCUGAUGUGAUGGAAUUUUCUUACAGGCAAAAACAUCAUCCCUAUAACACAAUGGUAACUUCAUCUCCAAGUCAGGAUAUCUGUGAAAGGUUUUAUGAUUUUGCAUCGUUUGGAGAAAGUGGGAUAUCGCUUAAUGAAAAACGGUCUCCUUUGACAAGUUUUCUCGAAGAUGAAACCGAUUGUGAGGAAGAAGAUACAGUAUGUUCUCCUACUGGUCGACAAAAGCGAAAACGAGUGAUUACCUCUGCCCAGCGGCAAGCAGCCAACAUCAGGGAGAGAAAGAGGAUGUUCAACCUCAAUGAAGCCUUUGAUAUUCUCAGAAAAAAGGUGCCAACUUUUGCAUAUGAGAAAAGACUUUCACGAAUCGAAACUUUGCGUCUUGCCAUUGUAUACAUCUCUUUCAUGACAGAAUUACUUAACAACCCUGGGAAAAAAAAUUAAGAAACAUUAUGCUCACUGACAUUUCUCUGGGUGUAUACUGAAGGCAAGAAGACAGUAAAGCUGGUGGUGUUCCUACUUUCUUCUUCUUUCCAGGUUUGGCUUGAAAGCCCAGCCAUAUGGAUUAGAUUUAGUCUAUAGAAGGAAAAUGAAAGUGACUUUGCCAAGAUGUUUAAUAAUCACACAAGGCUGAAAGGAAUUAUGAUAUUGUUGGCAGUACAACAUUGUGGGUGAAAUGUUGUUGUUUAUAUUUUAAUGUAAUUAAACUGAUAAAGAUAUAUUAUGUCUAUACUGUAGUAUACUAUGCGAACUGAAUUAUAGUACCAUGUGAUGAAUGUGAGUAGAAAAAAACAUAACUUAAUUGCAAAGAAUUAGUUAAUGUAAAAGUAAACUGUACUGAGCAAUAUCAUGAGUUAUUUAAAGUUGGUUAUAAUGUUCAUAGCAUUCCAAGUGUUCUGUGAUUUAAAUGCAGGUGCAGUAGAACAUAAACUGUGUAUUAUAGAACGUAUUAUAUAAAUACUGUACAUUUAUAAAGGGGAUCAAAUUUCAUUAGAUAAUAAAUCUAAUUCCUUGCUUUAGUAAAAUGUUUAUGUUUUUAAGGGGUUUAUAUAUGUGAAAAUAAUGGAAACCAAAGAAAUAUAUUCAAUUGGAUUGGUUAAACCUUUAUCAUUUAAUCUGGAGUUCAAAAUGAUGUGCAUUGUAGUCAGAACUCAGUAAUAAAGAGAGAUGCUCCAUUUGUUAAAUCUGCAAUACACAGAACUAGCGAGUCUAAAAAACAGUGAUUA